AAACGCGAUUGAUCUUUUUCUUCUCAUGUGACCUUUAGUGUAGUAAUUUCCUCGUCCGAGUGAAUAAUACGCUGCCGAGGCGGCUGAAUCCAGUUGAUUCCGGCCAAAUCGCACUCGAAUUCGCGCGGCCCAGCGCUUGUCAUCCGCCGAAGCGAGUGUAGGAGCAUGUGAAUCGUUGCAGCAUCGUUUGCAGCAGUCGACCAACCACACGCCUCCCAGCGCUGCGUCCGCUGCAGUUUCUAGGCACCACUUGCAUCAUCCUCUCUCUCCGCUCGCUCGCCUUUGUUGAUACACAACACACACACGGAUACAGAGACCCGCGCUCAACACUCACACGUGAUUAGGAAGACUUCCACCCCGGAAAGGCUGGACAUCAUAAUCGAAGAAGACCUCGAGCCCUCCAGGAUGGCGGACCCCAUGUACGGGGGUGGCGAAAUGUUCUUCCUGAACUCGCCAAUAAAGCAGGAGCCCGGCAGCGCGAUGGACUCGCAGGGGGCCAACAACCCUUUGGGGCUGCCAAUCCCGAACCGGCGCGGUGGCGCCACCAGGGGCAUUGAGUUCAACUACGACCUCGAUGAGGCGCUGAUGCUUGGCGCCCUGCCCAGCCUAGGCAACGCCAACAACGCCCACCCUGGACACAUAUUGUCGAACCAGGACAUUUCCCUUACACAGGCCGUGACCGGAAACUUCAAUUUGGACUCUAAUCCGGUCGGGCCGUCUGUCUGGGUGUCCAUGUGCCACGACAGCACCUUCAAGAUGGACGAGGAGGACGACAUUCUGCAGGUUGACAAAGCGGACUUGAUUCAGGGCCCCACCUUGGCGGAGCUGAACGCCAACGACGAGACCCUGCUGGAGGACCUUAGCUUCGACGACCUCAUCCUUCCAGAUGACUCGGCGCUCCUAGGCUCCAUCACCGACUCAAACUCGCAGACAGCCUCCUUUCCCUCCUCGAAUGGCCAGAACUUCCUCAAGGAAAUGACGCAGCUCUCGUCUAGCAUGCCGGCCAGCCAGAACCUGUUCGUCGGCAUCCCCAGUCCUGGGAGCCAGCAGACACCGCUCGUAUUGUCUCCUCGCUCGCCUGCCCGACCCGGCUCCUCGAAUAGCAGCACCGGUAGGCACAGCACCCUCCACGAGCUGCUCAUGCGACGCAACGAGCCCGAUCAUUCGAGUCAACUGAGUCCAGGCAGUUUCAAUGUGCUUUCCUCGACUGCCGGACCCAGCACGUCGUCCAUGUCGCGUCUGUCGUCGUCGGCGCCAACGCACCUGGGCUUCGACCAGAUCUGGCAGCGCCGAGAGCCUAGGCAGCACCUCCUUUCGACGGGCUCGUUGGUUGAGGCCGGCUCCACCUCGUCCCUCUCAACUGGUGGCGUUCUCAGUCCAGCCUCGCACGAGCUCUCACACGACGAGGGAUUUGACUCUGAGGACGACAGCGACCACUAUGACGACUUUUCUUCUGACGGAGACUCUAGUGAUGGUGAGGGCGGCAGCUCUGGACGCGGAGGGCGGCCUAAGGGUUCAAAGAAGGAGCGCUAUUUUUGGCAGUACAACGUGCAGGCCAAGGGUCCCAAGGGACAGCGGCUCGUGCUCAAGACCAAGCAGGAAGACCCGCACUACCUUAAUGAGGUCACCGACCCCGUCUUCAGCCCCAGCUGCAGCGUCAGAGGCAUCAAGCACAGUGGCAAGGCGAGGAAAGGUGAUGGCAACGACCUGACACCAAAUCCAAAGAAACUGAACACAAUUGGCAAGGAACUGGACAAGCUUGGCAGGAUCAUCAACGACAUGACGCCGGUUAGUGAGCUCCCUGUCACGGUCAGACCCAAGUCGAGGAAAGAAAAGAACAAGCUGGCCUCAAGGGCGUGCCGGUUGAAGAAGAAAGCACAGCACGAGGCAAACAAGAUCAAGCUAUUUGGCUUGGAGAUAGAACACAAACGCUUAAUAGCCGCCAUUCAGCAAGUAAAAAGCAUGGUGGUCACCAGCUAUGGCAACGAUUCCGCUGAGGCCCGAGAGGAGAUCGCCAGGAAUGUCGAGAAAACAAGGAGAAUGGCACAGACAGGGGUGCACAUCGCCGGAAACACAACCGACUACGUGAACACGAUCCUGGACAAGGUGAAGGCCGGUGUUCCUGGGGGCGGACUGGAGGAGAUGUGAGACGAGGCCAAGCCUCCCUCGAGGAGGCGGGCGCAGUCGCUGAAAAUCGUGCCCGAGUGAGGAGGCUGAGUCUAGUCCCUUUUCGUCAGCGUCUGGGUCGGAGUCGCAACCUUUUUUAUCAUGGCGGAGAGCAAGCUUUUAAUUGUCGACAGAUGUAACCAACCGCGCACUUUAUCCAGCUUGUAUGAUAAUUCUUGUAACCGUAACUCUCUCUCUCUAUCUCUCGUCUAUCGUAAUUAUAUUAUCUCGCUCGUAUUCAACAACUUUCGCUGUUCUAUUCCGCUCGCGCCACGAGGAGAUAUUAUGUGGUGGUGCAGGUGGUGGAAGGUACGAACAAAUUACCAAAAUUCAAUCUGUCAACAGUUUUUUGCGAAAUCUGCCCACAACAAUUUGUGAUAUUGGCUCAAAAUAGGAGAGUACACAGUUAAGGAGAAAUAAUAUUUAUUUUUGUCUGAGAUUCAAUUUUUUAAAGUUAGCCAGAGUAGGCUUAGUGGUAAGCGUAACGACAUACACACACACACACACUCGCGCGCGCAUCAUAUAUAAUUAUAUAUUAUUAAAACCAACUAUUUGUAAACGAUAAAAAAUAGACGUAGUAGCUGCAGUACAUGUGAUAUGAAUCUAGCAACGUAAGUGAAUCCUCGUUCGGCCGGCCAGGGCCCGGACGUCGUUUUUGUUUCACACCAACUACGCUAACGUGUUACUCACGCCAAACUAAAGCGUACAUAAUUAUUUACCUCUGCUCUGAGAUCGAGCAGCGAAAAAUUCUUUAUUGACCGAUGCUGCACGCUGAAAAGACCGUUCCGCGGCUACAUAAUUCAAGGACCUGAAUGUCAAAAAUUAAUUUGGUAUGAUAAGGUUAAAAAUCGGGUAAUUGAAGUGCCGUUCGAAUAUUUGGAAUCCGCGUUAGCCGUCUAACGCUGGUCAACGAGAAAUGUCCAUAUUUCUAUGCCACCUUGAGCAGUGUUGACGCCUCAACGUAAUGACUUCUCAUCUAUUCCAGUGGUCCUUUGAUCACGCGUCAGCAGAUUCCAAAAAUUCCAACGGUCCUCUGAUUUCUAGAACAAUUUGCUGUACAUUUUGAUUUUAAUUUGUUAAGACGUAUGUCCUUCAAAUCCCCUUCCGCCAAACGAACCACACUUGGCCCCCCUUCCGCUUUCGGAAUCGUGACUCUGGCGCCCCCAGCAGUACUGCUGUUCUUCCGACCGCCAGAGGUUGGAGUGUGGACUUUUUGGCGUGCUGGUCGAAAGAUAUGUAAUUUUGUAGUUGAUUAAGUGCUAGCGUGUAAGUCCGUUAUUUCGACGAGAUAUUUUUUUACGCGAGAUCACUCAAUAGAUUCGUUCCGAGCAGCCACCCUCUAUGUGUUUUUACUUCUAUUUUGGUAGAUACGUAUUUUUUUGUGCCCCCCAUUCGUAGGUUCCGUGUAAGCUAGUCCGUUGUAAAGUUUGUUUGGUUAUUUGCGGGUAUCGAUACGAACAAGCCGAUUGUUUUAUACAUAUUUCUAUCUAUAUAUAUUCCCGAAUUGCCAUAACCUCAUCAUCCUUUUAUUUAUUCUCAGCUCAUUCGCUUUCGUUUCGGUUUAGUUUUUCAGCGGUGGAGGAUCUUUGACCCAGAGAGAGUAGGUGUAGUUUCGAAAGAAGGUGUUGUUUUUCCUCGCACAGACAUAGUGGAAUCAAUUAAAAUGCAUUUCAGCGCGUAGACAUAAUAUAACAAGUAUUGUGCAUUUUCCUCCUCUUCUCAACUCUUUAUCUUAACUAUUUACCGCGAAAAUAUAAAAGAAACGAAUAACCGAGUACAAAUAAUUACGGAGCUCUCCUCAAAAUGCAUUUUAAUCCAGCCACUUUUCUCGAAAGCAACACAACUUCCUUCCUUUUAUUGUUCGCUGAAGUUUUCCCUCCUCUCUUUUUAUUUUGAUUGAUUGUUACCUCACGAUUCGUAAAGCAAACGAAAGAAAGAAGCCUUGAAGAUAAAGAUAAAGUCUAAUUGCUAACUAGCUUUAGUGAAUUAUAAUUAUUAUGUACGCGUUUAGGUUUACAUUUUCCGCUCGAGACAUGGCUGCUUUAACUGUAGAGAUUAAGCUAAUCGUACUGUUAAGUGUAUCAAAAAAGAUGAUCGCACUUCUUGGAUUUGGACCCGAUAUAUUUGGAUCAUUUGUCUCGGUUGUUUUGUUUUUCAUUGCGACCGCUUCACUCACUCUGAAAGUGAGUCGUUUCGUCAAUGGACAAUAUUGUGAUCAUUUCGAGCGCCAUGCUGGCCGCCUUUUUCCUAUCGGGACAAAGCUCGGUUGCUGCGUGUUGAAUUGCAAACUAGGAAACGCUACUUUCUAUUUUGUAUGAAAUUUGCAAACCGAUUCAGUUCCACAUGUUUCUCUUUUUGGUAUGUUAAACGAGAGCCGAAUAAAAUACAAUACAUGUUGAGCAUGGCCAAAA